UUGCUCCGUCCUUCGUUCUGAAAAGCGCGUCUCUCCGCUUUUUCUUCUUCUUCUUCUUCCUCCUCCCCCGCCGGCUCGUCUGCUUUUCUCUACUCUCAUUGAUUUCCUGUUUUUCUUUUAUUUUUUUGGUUACACACAUAUAUCACAACUGUAGAUAUCACCGUUCGCUUAUUUUAUAUUAUCUUUUUCUCUUUUUACAUAUAACCCUCCCGAUUAAUAUUAAUUGCCCUCUGUGAUCUGUUCGCCCGUUGAUCAACUGCGAACAUUCUCUCCAACAAAGUCCACUUUUUCUUCUUUUGUCUUUAGCCAACCGUCUUUCACGCACACACGUCUGACAAGAUGCGCUCCCCCAUUGUCAUCGCCCUUGGCGUCCUCGCGGCUGUCGCUGCUGCUGCCCGCGAGAAUCCCUUCAAUAACCCCAGCGGUGGCUACAGGUUCGCCGCGAACAUGCCGACUACAUUGAGCUGGGAGCCCACCACCGAUGGCACGGUCACCCUGAAGCUUCAGAAGGCUGGUGCAAUCAACCCUACCUCUGGAAUUACCAUUGCCGCCAACAUUCCAAACUCUGGCUCCUAUGUCUUUGUUCCCUCUGCGAGCUUGGGCCCCGGUUCCGACUACACCAUCGAAAUCAUCGAUGACAACGACCCAGACAAUAUCAACUUCACUCCUCAAUUUUCGAUCACCGGUACUACCGGUACCGCGACCGAGUUGACCGGCUCCCCUACCGUCACCGGCUCUGCCAGCGUGACCCCCUCCUCCUCCCCUGCCAGCUCCGAAGCUGACAGCAGCUCCAUGAUCACCAGCACCGUUUCCUCUGCUAGUGCGACUACAACCUUGUCCAGCGAUGCUCUUACCACCACCUCCGAGGCUGCCACUUCCAGCUCGCAGCCUACUGCCACGCCUUCCACAACAGACAUUGAGGCUAUCCCUGAUCCCAACGGCGCCGCUGCUUUGAGCUUCCCCGCAGUCUUGUUGUCUGGUGUCCUUGGCUUGAUGGCUUUCUUGUAAAAAAAGCAUGAUGAAACAAACGGCCUGAAACUGAAAGUUUUAGCUUCAUGUUUUUGUGUGAAUCUUUUUUGUGAAUGAGUGUGUCUGUGGAUGUGUCACAGAACCCCCAACCGCUCAUGUACAUGUCAUCACUACAUAUACUUUUAUUUAUAUUUUUUUUUUCUUUCCCUGUAUCUUAUUCAUAACAUAACAUUGAUCUAUUUUGAUCUCUUGGUUUGGUAAAUCUGAAGACUUUGCUGAUGCUGUACUUUAAUUAUUGCUAUCUUUGGGGCAAUGUGUGCACCUUUGUGACAACAGGCAAAUCUCACAGCCGCUCUAUGAUGUAGUUUUGCAUUUGUAUCACCAGGCCCAUAUGCACAGAUGUAUCAAUGCGCUGUCAAUGCUUCUGCAGCAUAACCAGUUUACCAAAGUGACCACAGCUACGCUGUGUCACCCUUUCAAAAACAAGGUUGGAGCUCUCGUAUUCUCCUACAACGAUCAAUUCCCAUCUACUUCCCACCCUUCCUUUUCGCGUCCCUGAAUGCCUUUGCUCGUCUCGCGCUUCUCGUCUUUGGCCUUCCUCUGCUUUUCGUCUUCACUUUAAACUCUGGAAGACUCCCAUUUUUACCCUCCGUCGCUCGGUAGCCUUCGAAAACAAACGGCGCUGUCGACUCUGAUCCCUUCUUGUUUUUCUCCGCCUUGGCCGACGCACGCAGCUGCGCCGCACCCGCACGGCCGAGAAGCUUCGCCGCGCGACCUUUCAAGCUCGGAUCGGGUCUCCCGAGGCCCAUCCUGUUCGGAUUGGUGCUCGUGGAGUCGUUUCGCUUCUUUGCCGUCCGUUUCGCACGCACGACGCGGAGUUUGCGCGGGAGCAUCGGGGGGAAUUUUUUCCCGUCGAGAAGUAAUGCUGCCUCCACGCCGUUCUGGUCGUGGAACUGGACGUACGCGAACCCCUUGCCGACGCGCGUGGAUGGGUCGCGGACGACCCGGACGGACUCGACGCGCCCGGCGUUCUCGUUGAAGGUACGCCAGAGACCCUCUUCGACGUCCGAAGGGGUUGCGGAUUUCUUUCUUUUCUUCUCCUGAUCGUCGGUCGAGGCGGCUGCUUCUUCGUCUACGAAACCCAGGUUUCCCACGAAGACGCAGCGUUUAUGAUCAAUCGGUGCCGGGUGGGCGAUGCUGUCGACACGAAGAUGGCGGUCGAGGACGGUUGUCCCGUUGAGACUGAGAGCUUUUCUUGCGGCUGCGGCCGUGGUGUAGACGACGUAGGCGUUUGUGCUGCGGGUUGUAGAGUCCAUGAGAUCCUUCUUGGCA